GAGGUUCUCUAUGAUGCUGAGUGCGAGAAGAGGUUACCGUGACGCGGUCGCUGGUUCUUCCCCUCCUCGAGCCUGUUCGCCUCGUUUGUUUACGCACGCGAUCGCGUCGUGUCGCGUGCGUGCGUUUUGCAAGUGUUGUUGCGACUUUACGCCGUCUACGGUGGUUGCGCCGUGCAAUACCGUCACCCCGUGCCGUAUCGCGUCGUAACAUAUCGCGAUAACGGCAUGCCCAGCAAGAAGAAAAAAUACAACGCUCGUUUUCCAGCGGGUCGUAUCAAGAAGAUCAUGCAGACUGAUGAAGAGGUUGGAAAGGUCGCCCAGGCAGUGCCAAUCAUAAUCUCUAGAACCUUAGAACUAUUUGUGCACUCUUUAUUAACCAAGACCAUGCAGAUCACGAGUGCCAAAAACGCUAAGACUUUAAGUCCAUCUCAUAUGAAACAGUGUAUCUUGUCGGAAAGUCGAUUCGACUUUCUAAAGGAUCUAGUGAAAUCUCUACCUGAUGUAUCGGGACCUGAUGACGAAGUACCAAUGUCACCAGAAACAUCACAAAGCAAUGCACCAAAUGCAGCGUGUUCGACAAUGAUGCAGCAUUUUGAUCCAUUAGAAUAUCAAAAGUAUCUGGGGUUACCAGUUAGCACCGAAAUGAAUGUAAACCACAAGAACAUGAGAGACAACGGAUCAAGCGUAGUUUCGAACAAUUUGAAUCCCUCUAAUCAAAGGGCCGCGACGAUAGUGGGCGGAAUCUCACAGAUUCCGGAAUUCAACAUGUCUGUGCCUAUGGCCUUCCAAAUUAGUCGACCAAAUUUUUAUACAGAGCUUAACCCAAGCGCGAGCGACCAGCCAACGUCAAACUUUGCUCGCACCGCCAAUAUUGACGAGGAUUACGAUACAUAGUAAUCCUUUUCGCGAAAUAUAGGAUGUUAAAAAACUUAUCUUGUUGAAACGAGUGACGCACGGAUUAGCUAAAAUACGGUAGAAAAAACGCGUGUACAUGCAGAAGUAUCUUACAAUUGCUCACAUCACUUGUAAAUUAAUAUCAUUUAAUGCUUUCAAAUUGAAACAAUUCCUUAGCCACAUCUAUUAUAAAUAAAAUAUUCUAGA